GCCAAUUUGUUUUUCGUUUAUCUUGAGGGUGUGUACAUGCGCGUUUUUGCGGAUUUGUGCCGUUGCACCGAGCGCCGUGAUGUCUUCACGUGAUCAGCCAGAACGAAGUGAUCGUGACCGGGAGAGGGGCGACCGGUCCCGCGAAGUGAGGGAUGAAGGUGGGGAGCGUAGGCCUUAUAGGCCCCCCACUUGUUUCGCCUAUAAUGAAACGGGUCACUACGCCAAUUAUUGCCCGAACCGAAGCCGGCGUUAUUCGAGCACCCGACCUUCAACUUCUACAGAUACUAGGCGAUCUCGAUCUCCACGAGGCUACGAUGGAAGAAGGGAGCAACCUCAUCAGUUGGACCCAGAGUUGAGGAGUACUAUUGCCAAGCUUGGAAAUAACGUGUCUGCGAUGGAGGAAUACUACGCUGUCGAACGCCUGAAGAAAGCGAACAAGAGGAAGAAGAAAUUGAAGAAAGAAGAAGAGGAGCGACGAGCUGAGGAGAAACGGGGUGCGAGGGAAGAAGAACGUGCUCGUACGGAUAAGAAGGCUUUGAAAGCGAAGCAGAAGAAGGCUUUGGAGGCUGUCGUGCGUGCAGCCAUGCAAAAGGAUUUGAACAUCCAGCUUGCCAUUCAAGUGGGUGAGCUGGAGAACCGGAUCGUUGACCGGAUGUACCAGGUCGUCGCAUCAGUUAUCCCACUCAGCAGGGAGCAUGGGAAGAAGAAGGUCACUUACGGGUCGGAAGUUGGCAGCUCGUCAGCAAGCUCUGGAGAUGGUAGCGACACUAGCGUUACUCAGGAGCUUAGUGCGCAAACUCAACGUUUGGCCAUCUUUGAGAAGCGUAAGAGGGGCCCCGAGCCCGAGUUUGAAGACCCUAGUCCACCAAUGGACCCCUACGAAGUCUCCUGCGCGUGCUUCGGUGUUGACACCAUCAACCAAAGGGGCGUUUGCUCAGUUGCGUUUUCGUAACAAUAUCUUGAGGGAACUGAAGGAUCUGGAUGCUACGGAUUUGCAGGCAAUCUGCCAGAACGAAGGCUUGCAUUAUGACAAGAAGAUCGACGUUAUUUUUUAUAUUGCUGACCACCGUACGGAGCUUGCUUUCGUCAACGAUCCCAUCGGCAAUGCCGGGCAAUGCCGAGAUCAUUCAUAUCGCAACAUCAGCGGAUACCGGCGGCAAUGAAGAUGUGGAACCUGU